GGAUGAGCGCCGCCGCUCCGCCUCAGGCCGCCGGGGCGCGGGGGCCUCCCUGCGGAGAGGGAGACGCUGCCGGGACGGCUUCCCUGCGCGGAGCGGCGCGCCGGCCCUCCUGAGGGAGGAGGCGGAGGAGGAGGAGGAGGCCUGCUAGCUGCUCCGCCGACCGGAGAUUGAACCGCCGUCCCCCGCCGCCGCCUCGUCUCGUCUCGCUUCGCCCUCGCCGCCCUCGCCGCCGCCGCCUUCGCGAUGACGACCCCGGCGCUGCUUCCGCUCUCGGGCCGCCGCAUCCCGCCUCGCAACCUGGGCCCGUCGUCGUCGUCGUCCUUCCCGCACCACAGGGCCACCUUGAGGCUCUCGGAGAAGUUCAUCCUCCUGCUGAUCCUCAGUGCCUUCAUCACGCUCUGCUUCGGGGCCUUCUUCUUCCUGCCGGACUCCUCCAAGCACAAGCGCUUCGACCUGGGCCUGGAGGACGUCCUCAUCCCCCACGUGGACGCCGGCGAGGGGGGCAAGAACGCCGGAGGGGGGUACCUGGUCCACGGGCAGGGCCGAGACCAGCACAGGCACAGAGAAGAAGAGGAACGCUUGAGAAAUAAAAUUCGUGCAGAUCAUGAAAAAGCUUUGGAGGAAGCAAAAGAGAAACUGCAGAAGUCACGGGAUGAGAUCCAGGCUGAAAUUCAAACUGAGAAGAACAAAAUAGUAAAGGGUUUGAAGAACAAAAGCAGCAAGCCCUUGCCGCCGGUCCCGGUACCAAAUCUUGUAGGGAUAAACAGUGGAGAUCCAGUGGAUCCAGACAUCCGAGAAAAAAGGGACAAAAUUAAAGAGAUGAUGAAACAUGCCUGGGAUAAUUACCGGCAAUAUGGAUGGGGACAUAAUGAACUGAAACCCAUUGCUAGGAAAGGACAUUCCACCAACAUAUUUGGAAAUUCACAGCUGGGUGCCACUAUAGUAGAUGCAUUGGAUACCCUCUACAUUAUGGGCCUUCACGAUGAAUUCAAAGAAGGGCAGGAGUGGAUUGACAAUCACCUUGAUUUCAGUGUGAAUUCAGAGGUAUCUGUCUUUGAAGUCAACAUCCGCUUCAUUGGUGGCUUGCUUGCGGCCUAUUACCUUUCAGGUCAGGAGGUUUUUAAGUUAAAAGCGGUCCAACUUGCAGGAAAACUUAUUCCGGCCUUCAAUACACCCACAGGGAUUCCUUGGGCAAUGGUGAAUUUGAAAAGUGGUGUAGGUCGCAACUGGGGCUGGGCGUCUGCUGGCAGCAGUAUCCUAUCUGAGUUUGGCACCCUUCACAUGGAAUUUGUACACCUGAGCUACUUGACUGGCAACCCUGUCUACUAUGAUAAGGUCAUGCAUAUUCGUAAGCUACUUCAAAAAAUGGACCGCCCAAAUGGGCUUUAUCCAAACUACUUGAAUCCAAGGACUGGGCGCUGGGGGCAGCAUCACACUUCCAUGGGUGGAUUGGGAGACAGUUUCUACGAGUACUUGCUGAAAGCAUGGUUGAUGUCAGAUAAGAUGGACAUGGAGGCAAGGAAAAUGUAUGAUGAUGCUAUUGAGGCCAUAGAGAAGCAUCUUAUCAGAAAGUCCAAUGGAGGCCUAACUUUUAUUGGAGAGUGGAAAAAUGGGCACCUUGAGAGAAAAAUGGGCCACCUCACAUGUUUUGCUGGAGGAUUGUUUGCUCUUGGAGCAGAUGGUUCCCGAGAUGAUAAGGCUGGACACUACCUGCAGCUUGGAGCAGAAAUUGCACAUACGUGUCAUGAAUCUUAUGACAGGACAACAUUAAAACUGGGCCCUGAAGCUUUCAAAUUUGAUGGUGGUGUGGAGGCAGUAGCAGUACGGCAAAAUGAAAAAUACUACAUUUUACGACCAGAGGUGAUAGAGACGUAUUGGUAUAUGUGGCGAUUCACACAUGAUCCGAAAUACAGGCAGUGGGGCUGGGAGGCAGCACAGGCCAUUGACAAGUACUGCCGAGUGAGUGGUGGAUUUUCUGGGGUCAAGGAUGUCUACUCUUCAGCUCCUACAUAUGAUGAUGUGCAGCAAAGCUUCUUCCUUGCUGAAACACUAAAGUAUUUGUAUCUGCUCUUCUCCAAUGAUGAUCUCCUACCUUUGGAUCACUGGGUUUUUAACACAGAAGCUCACCCCUUGCCUGUUUUACAUCUAGCCAACACAACACUUUCAGGAAAUCAUGCAUAUCGAUAGAAACUAUUCCAGGACAAGGACAAAAUACUUCGUUUUAGCUGUGUUUUGUUUACAUGGACCACUUCAGACUUAAGGCUUGAGAGAAGACUGGCAUUGUUUAAUUAAUGAAUAACUUUGAAUGAAGAGAGGAUCAAAACUGCACUCUUAAGCAUGUACAUAAAUUUAAAAAUUCCAUUUUAUACAUGACCAAAACUAUCGAGUGCAGUGUGUGUCAGCGAAAAGACCUUGUAUAUUUGCAACUGAGAAGGUGGAGCAUGGUGUUUUUAACAAUUCAAAGCCUAUCGGAACAUGUUUCCUGCCCUGUGACAGGAGUGAAGUGGAAUGGCUACUACUGACCUUCGUAGUGAGCGAUCUCCUGCCCAGAUGAUGUGGAUUCCUGAUAUUAUGUCAUUUGGUUUUUCUUUCGAUGAUGGCAUGACUGAAACAAUGACAGGCAACAAAAGUGCACUAAUAGCACCUAGAGCUGAAAUUCCUCUACUCCUGUUUAGAAUUUUCUACUUUUCAUCAGUCUGUCCAGACUGGCAGCCAUUCCCAGUGCCUCUCAGACCCUUGCCUAUUUUUAUUAUUGUUAUUAAUAAUAUUGAUCAACCAUUUGUUCUUGUAGUAUUGUUCAUCAGUAAAUGAGAUAUGAAACGGAUCAGCAACUUCUCUCGGCUUUCCUUUUAGGAUUUGGAAAGCUCCAUUCACUGCAGCGUCGCUUCUUACACUAUGACAAAACCACCCAAUGCAUCUGCCACUUGGUCAAGAUUCCCUUCACUUAAGUUGCAAUAACUCAACAUUUGUCUAUGAAGCCAGGAGUUUCAUUAAACUCACUUUUUUUAUUUGUAUAUUAUUCAGAAAUGGAAGAACUGUUCUGUAAGAGAUGUUUUACACGUCCUCUGAGUAAGACUUUUACCUGGGUAUAAUGGUGCUUGGUUUUUGGAUCUUUUGGUACGGCGGGAGUGUGAGGAUGAGUUUGUCAGCCUUCACUUACACAAUAGAAAUCCUACCACUUGAUUUCUAAGUAACUGGAAACAAACACUUACUGGUGGGUACAUGAUAGUGGACAGCAGAUCAACAGAAAUGUUUGUGUGAGUUUUACUUUGCAAUGCUUCCUUGUCAUUACUAAAUGCAAUUGAUAACAAUUUGGGUUAGAAAUGGCUCCUUUCCUGUCAGGUCCCCCACCCCAGUUCAGUUAAAAGAGAAUCAUUAAGUAUUUGGGGGGGGGGACGGGGGUUAGUUGGAUAUUUAAAUAUUUUGUAUGAAUAUUUUUCAUGUACAUUGGAAUCUGAUUUCCUGGUGAAUGCAGAUUACAAGCAUUUAUUUUUGUUGGUAUGCAUCCCUUUUAAAGAGUGCUGAAUUCCAAAAACGUUGACCAAGUUAUCCCAUUGGGACCUUACUGUGCCUCAAGGACAGCCGAUCUGUAACUCAGCACACCAUUUUAACUAGGUAACUGGUAACAAACCUAAGAUCCACUUGUGGUGGAAGAUAAGUUAAAUAUUUAGCAUAUUGCGAUCCCUAGGAUGGAGAUCCCUCUGCCCACUUUGCACAGGUACAGUUCAGCUGGGCCUCUGGUCAGGAUCAUGCCGCAUUAUAAUGUGAAACCCAAUAUAUGUGCUUGUCUCUAGCCCACAUAAUUGCAGAGAUAAAUCUAAAACUUCAUGGUAUAUUUACAGUAGAGAAAGGUGGAAUUCUAGACCUCGGGAGGUUGAGUUAUUCCUUGCUUAGCACAACUACUGGACAGCCCCAUGGUCUCCACUCCCAUGUUGCCACCCCCACAAAUCUGUUUUUUACAUUUCUGCAUCCUAAUGUUUUCUUUAUGCUCACUUUUUCUUUCCCAGGCCCCCAAUAAACUCAAAAUUCUAAAUUCUGCAUGAAAAAGACAACAUAUGCAAAUCAAAAUCAUGUGCUGUUUUUGAACUGUAGCCUGGCAAUAGAAUUUGGAAUAUUUUGAUGCAAAGCUCUGUAGAAGUUGUGUCUAGCAUAACGUUGGAAAUUGCUCUCCAUAUGCUGCUUAUACUGUUUUUAUUGAGCCUAAGUCUUGGAACAUUGACAAUGUUCUCAUCGAAAUCAGUGGCAAAACUCUGUAUGAUGCAUGGAUAUCCAAAGUGAUUGUUUUGUUGAAAAGUAAAAAUUGAGGGGGCUAGAAUGGUUUUCAGCCUAAGUAGAGUGGAAUUGGGCUUUGUAUUAGGCUGAAUAGUUUUCAGCCACUUUCUGUACAUGGAAACGGUGCAUACUUGUGCUGGUACUACAUUACUGCUACAUUUGUCUUCCCUAAAACAUUGAUGUGCAGCAGAUAGUAAUCUUCAUUUUAGAGCAGAACUGCACAAACAAUACAGUGUCAUUGUUGGGAAGACUUGGGUGGAUAAGCUGGUUUUCUUUGUUGAAUAGCACCAGUGUACUGGCAGUCGUAUCAUCCCUCCAUGCUUAUUUUAAAAGUUUUUCAGACCACUCUGCAUGCAGUUUCUUCCAGUUUUGAUUUUGCUUCUCUACCCCACCCCCUUACUGGUUUCCAGUGUGCAUGAGUAUAUUGAUUAAAAUGGGCCUGAGCAUCUGGAUCUACUGGAUAGAUCUCUGAGAUAUUUGUAAUAGAUCUGCAACAGUUUCUGGCCUCCGUUUUUUUUAAAAAAACAAAAGCAGCAACAAGUAGAUUUCUCAUUUCACUUUUCUAAAUUAGGCUGUUGAAGCUAGGAAAGCUUGGGGAAAAUUAAGAGUAGAUUUUUUAAUGUGAAAGGCCUGUGGAAUCUGUUCUGCUGCUGCAAACAAAUUCCUGACCCAUGCAUGUACUCAGAGGCUUCCUGUUUUAAGUGUAUAUAUCCCCCCCCCCAAACACACACACACAUUUUGCAUGGGACUUCAGAGAAGAAGACACAAACUGAACAUUGUGACAAGUUAAACCAGCUGACGUGGAAUAUAGGGCAGAGCCAACCUGUUAAAUAGUGGACAUUAGCAACCCACAGAGCUCCUUAGAUCUGCUGCCCCUGUCUGCUUGCUGUCUCCAAGCAAGUGAGCAGUGACAGGAAAAAGGAGCAGGCGAGCAGCCUCAACCUGCCUCUCCCUCUGGGCAAGUGCUGUAGGAUGGGCCUAGAGCAGGCAUCCCCAACCUGCGGUCCUCCAGAUGUUUUGGCCUACAACUCCCAUGAUCCCUAGCUAGCAGGACCAGUGGUCAGGGGUGAUGGGGAUUGUAGUCCAAAACAUCUGGAGGGCCGAAGGUUGGGGAUGCCUGGCCUAGAGGGACAGGUCAAGCUAGUCACCAGUAGUGGUACGGAAGAGAGUAGGCUACUCGGAGUGGUGGGAGGACCUAUUACAGGCCUCUUACCCAAACCCUGCCCCUAAGCAUCAAGCUGUCUCCGCUGAGCCCUAAUAAUGUGGGUUAUGUUCUAACUACAUAUUGGGGGGACAGGAAGAGGAAAAAUGCUUGCCCUCUGAAAAAAAUGGAAUUCCCCCCCCUCCCAAGAUAGAGGGUUGGGUCCGAGGAUCACCCAUGGAGAGCUCUUUUCAUGACACAGGUUAAUCCAAUGCUACAAUAAACGUAAUCACCAAAAAUAGAAAUUGGAAGUUCAGCAUAAAUAAGUACUCCAAUAAUUCAUAGUCACUCAAGUUAAUUGUGACUUGUGCGGCUAUUCGCUGAAAACCAAAAGCUGAAUGAAAUUACUAUAAUUGCUUCCCAAGCAUCAUUGAAACUAAUUACCUAAUUAGUCUUUAAUGACUUAAGGCAAGUACUUCUGUUCCAUUUUAAAAGAGCGGUUUAAAAUUAGAUUUUCCACUUGUUAUAAUCGCUAGUAAUUUGAGCUUUACUUCUGCACACUGCUUUUGCAUCAGGAGGACUGAAGGGGGGGGGAGCAUUGUGUCUCUCUAAAAGUUCUUUUAUAUUCUUCAGAACAUACAACACCCUACCCUAAAAAUAAAAUACUUCUCCCAAUUCUAGAGGGAGAGGUCAGGGACAGAAUUAUAUAGAGCCAGAAAUAGAAAGUCUGAAUUCAUGCCUGCUUAUUUGCUUUCCUUUCUAUCACUGUGCCUUGAGUUGUAAAAGUGCUGCUUGCAUUGUUGCUUUGGUAAGUCUGAUACAUGGGGUGAACUCGCUGCCAUGAAAUAUGUCAAAUUUCAAAUCCUAAGCCACUUCAGAAAAUUUCGCUAAUCAGAUGCAAUGCCAUUUUCCUCUUGUUUGGCCAUGCAACAAAUUGAAUAUAUUUGCUUCAUUAUUGAGUUUAUCACAGUAUUUGGUUUUGGGAGUUCUAAUGCCAUCCCUGGUCUCCCUUCUCAAGCUUUAUGCGGUACAGAGACAACAACUCUAUUAUAGUUUGUGUACUUUCUUGACAGCCAUGAAAUGUGGCUCUUCAAGUCUGGCUUCAGUGGACUCUAGAUUUCCUUUUUCAGGAAUUAAGAUAAUCCGAGGGUUGAAUUCAUACGCUGCUACAUGUGAAGUGUCACUUGUUAAUGUUAAAAAUGUGAAAGACAUCACAGAUUGACAGGCCAUAAUGAAAGGCUCAUAAUCACAGCAAUUGUUUAAACUACGUGUUGAACCCAUUAAAAUCUAGCUGCAACAAU